AUGCGCCUCCAUAAUCUUGGUUUCUUGCUAUGCCAUAGCGUCAUGGCCAUGGGAGGCAUCAUUCCCAAUACCCAACCCCUUAACGGAUCAUUGGCUUUCAUAGGCCAACCCGCUACACCGAAUACCCUCAAUGCGAAGACAAUAUUCUUUCCAUCUGCUUCUCUCAUGCACGAAGAUAGCGGCAACACCGGAUCCACCGACUAUCCAGGACCCUUGGGAGGCAACAACAUGAGCCUGUUCAGUCAGGAGAUCGUCACUGGUGUUAUGACCUGGGGCGCGAACAAUACCAUGACAAUUGGCUAUGCCGACUCAACAACACUCGCCCGUGGGAUCGCAGCCAUUGACCCGCAGACAAUGGAGAUUUUGGCUACUUGGACCCCUCCGGACACCAACCAGACCCUCAGCCUGGGAUACCUCGAGUAUUUGCUCGAGACCGACGAAAUACUCUUCACCAGCCAGGAGGGCCACGUCUACCUGAUUCGUCGUGACGACCAUGCUGAAAAGGGGACAGCGUUCACGACCGUCCGAAACAUUGACCUGACCACGAUUCCGUCGGCAAUUGAUGAUGGCGAGUCCUUGCUGAACGCGGUGAUGGACACGGCGGGGAACAUCUGGUACACCACCGGUGGCAUCCCGGGUAUUGGUUCACUGUAUGCUGCACAGACUUCCCUCACACUCGGCUACAUCACGCCCGACAAUCAAGUACAUUCGAUUCAGAUGGAUGGCCAAACCAUUGAGAACGGCAUUGCUGUCAGCAACACCACUGCCUAUAUCGUUACGGGGCCUACGGCCAUUGGCACAGAAGGGGUGCCUCAAGUCGGAUACAUACUCGCAUUGACUUCGCUUCCAUCCUCUGGAGGGGCUGGUUCUAAUGGUGGUGUACAAACCCUCUGGAAUGCCACGUACGAUGCUGGCAGCACUACGAAGCUAGGCGCCAUCACUCGCGGUUCGGGAUCUACGCCGGCGCUCCUCGGAGACGAUUACGUGGUCAUUACCGAUAACGCCGACGGGCGAAUCAAUCUUGCAGUCUACUACCAAGGGGCCACGGAGAGAGAUCAGUUGUUUUGCACCGUCCCGCUCUUUGGAGAGAACGCAAGUGCCAAUGACCUGGCAGCAACAACGCACUACGAUGCCACGACCGGAUUCUACACUGUCGUGGUGGAAAACACAUUCAACGGCACCACAAUGUUCUGGCCGAAUGCCUCAUCAACCUUGGAUGAUAUCAACGGCGAGUGGAACAACAUGGCUGGCAUGCCAGGCGGCACAUUUGCGAUUCAAGUCUCAGCCGACGCUUCCGCCAGUUCCACGGCAGCACCGUGCUCUGUGCGUUGGACGUCGCCUAUGACGGUCAAAGCCAACCCAGUGCUAAGCACAAAAACCGGAUUAUUGUACUUUUACACUCAGGACGAGAAGCUUGCUGUGGGGGGCAUCUAUGUGUGGUAUGUGGUAGCUUUGGACUGGCGAUCUGGCGAUGAAGUCUGGAGAGCACGCAUGGGCUCUGGUGGAGCGUACAAUGACAACUGGCUUCUUGGUGGCUUGGGUUCUGAUGGCACUUAUUAUCAGGCGAUGCUUGGUGGGCUCGCCGCGAUGAAAGAUGGUUCCAACUAA